UAUGUGUGUGUGCAUGUGUGUGUGGUGUGUGUGUGUGUGUGUGUGGUGUGUGCGCGGGGAGCCGUUUUUGGGUGCGCUACGUCACGAGUGUUUUCUGUGGCCCGCUUCAGAGAGAGGCUCUUGUCUGUUUGUUCCAAAUUCGGAGCAUCCCCGCUUCAAUUGCUUCCACCUCGUCGGCUGCUCCCCGUGAGGGCCGGACACGAGUGAGCUAUCCGCCCGUGGCAAGGCGGACGUGGUCGUACGGUGGGGGUGGAUGUCCACCGCUCGGUGUGCGGAGCAGAGCUCAGUGUGUCGAAAGAGAGUCCAGCCGAAACAUUGCUUGUGCACCGGUCACAUGUUUGUUAUUGUUAAAAAGAGGUAGUCAUCGCUAAGGGAUCGUACGUGUUGUUUUUUUCUCCCCCCCCCCCUUUUUCCCGUCGGUGACUCGGUGCUUUCUCGCUCGCCCGCUGCCGUUUGCAACCUGCGAUUUUUGGCAGAGAAUAAGUGAACUACGAGCAAGUGGGACACCGAAGUAGUUAGCGAGUGUUUCCCCUGCCGGCACCGGGUAGGAUAUCUGAUUGACUCUGAAAUCCCCAGAGAGGGAGAGAGAGAGAGAGAAUCUGGCCCAUUGAAGGGAGCCAGAGGUCAUUUGAUCAAACUUGGGAGACGAGCGACACAGGAAGGGCGCCUCUCUCACACACACACAUUAUUUAACACUCUGGAAACCGAGCAGAACCCAGUCCGUCUUCCGCGGUUCUGUUCCGAGGGGCUCACACUUGACCCGCCCGGCACAUGCAUGCGUGGUGUAGGGCAGCGCUCGCUCGGUUUUCGAAACCCAAACAAGAGUUUACAGUAAGUCCUGAGCGAAACUGAAUAGGAACCUUGCGGGUCAAGGAGGAGAGGAAGCGGUGUCAGUUGAGAAGCACUAGAGUGGUGGUGGGGUGUGUGUGUGUGUGGAGGGGGGGGGGGGGGGUGUGGUGGUGUGCGCGUGUGGUUGGGUAGUGCGUGAGUUGGACUCGCCCACCACCGCCGCCAGCGCGCUUCAUUUUGUCGAGUGUUACACGGGGAGCUCCCCUCACACUCGCUCUGCUGCUCUCUGGAGGCAUGUGAAGAGGAGCCGCUCGGGUGAUUUACGCGGCAGUGAGCCGACAGGCUGAACCGUGCAUAUUUGUUUUGGAUCGAGACGGGACCAACGUCUUACUGGGAGCCGAAAUCUUAUCAAAACCAGAUUGGUCUGUGUCAGCGGUGCGGCGCUCCUUAAGGGGGGGGACCGGGUUAUUGUUUCAGACUUCUUGACGGUCUUCGCCGCCCCGCGGGGGCGUCGCUCUCCGCGCGCGCUGUAUUUGCACUUGACAGCUCUGGCCCCACGUCAACGUCUGGCACGUCGGCGUGUGCUACCUGCGGCUGACUCAGAGGCCGGCUCAUCCCACUCUGUCUGUCUGUCUGUCUGUUUGCCAGCCGGGAUUCUCCCCUCCCGCUCCUGUGUGACGAAGGCGGAGGGCGUCAGGUUGGUUUUCGACAGCGGUGGCGCCCAGUGGCCUCUCAGAGCCACCAAACCUCCGAGGACUCUCCCCCACACUGCCCUAAUUGUGCUGCCGCUUGUAAACACCUUUGCGUCAGUCACACCUCUCCACAGAGUGAUUCACUGUUCCCCCAAACAUCCCAAGGACAGAGGCAGGAGGUGCAGGAGAGAGAGAGAGAGGGCUAAAGAGAGAGAGAGUAAACACAAGUGAUCGCGGGUCCAACGGGUGGCACCAUGAGGCUGGCUUGCGUGGUGCUGGUGGCCCUGUGUGUGGUGGGCGGUGUGAGCGGCAUGUCGACGUGUAAAUCGCUGGACUUGGAGCUGGUGAAGAAGAAGCGGAUCGAGGCCAUCCGGGGCCAGAUCCUCAGCAAACUGCGGCUGCCCAAGGAGCCGGAGCCGGAGCAGGCUGGCGAGGGGGAGGAGAUCCCCGACGACUUGCUGUCCCUCUACAACAGCACGGAGGAGAUGCUGAAGGAGCAGCAGUCCCAGCCGCAGCCCGUCUCCACCCAGCAGGAGGAGGAGGAGUACUUCUCCAAGGAGCUGCACAAGUUCAUCAUGAACCCAAGUAACAAGACCACCGAGCAGGCCCGCAUGAUGCUGUUCAACAUCACCAAGAUGCGGGAGGGCAUUGGUAACUACCACCUGUUGACCAGCGCCGAGCUCCGGGUGCUCAUUAAGAACCCGACGAUAGCCACGGAGAAGCGGGUGGAGCUGUACGCGGGCCUGGGGAGCGCAUCCCGCUACCUCACCUCCCGCUUCAUCACUAACCAGAUGAAAGACAAGUGGCUAACCUUUGAUGUCACAGACACCCUGCAAAGCUGGCUGCAAGGGACUGAUGAGGUGCAGAGCUUCCAGCUGAAGCUGUUUUGCGAAUGCGGGCAGUCCGGCGUGGACCCCACCUUCAAUUUUUUAAUUUCAGGGUUGAAGACAGGGCGGGGAGACAAACAGCAUCUCUCUGAGAAGAUGCAGAAGCCCUACAUCCUGGCCAUGUCCAUCCCUCAGAACAGCAGCAGCCAGUCCACCUCACGCAAGAAACGCUCCACCGGGUCAGAGGAGGCCUGCACAGACCGCACGGAGAGCUGCUGCGUGCGGAAGCUGUACAUCGACUUCAGGAAAGAUCUGGGCUGGAAGUGGAUACACAGACCCAAGGGUUACCAUGCAAACUACUGCAUGGGGUCAUGCACCUACAUCUGGAAUGCUGAAAACAAAUAUUCUCAGAUUUUGGCCCUGUACAAGCACCACAAUCCCGGAGCCUCUGCCCAGCCCUGCUGCGUGCCCCAGACCCUGGAGCCUCUACCAAUCCUGUACUACGUGGGCAGGCAACACAAGGUGGAGCAGCUGUCCAAUAUGAGCGUGAAGUCGUGCAAGUGUAGCUAAACCCCCCCCCCCAAAAAAAACCCUACUCACGGUGUACAGCUCCAGCUUUCUGGGAUUCUUUCUCUUCCCCCUCAACUAUAUAUUGAACAUAAGCAGACACGGAGAGACUCGUUCUGGAACGGAGCAGAAGUUGGAUAGCAGCGGAAUAGAGAAAAAGACAGCGUCAGUAUCUUCACGGUCCAACCCUGACAUCACUUCCUCCCUUCAUCUCUGGCCCAUUCUUAUCCGGCUUCCCAUAUCUGGAGCAGACCAGUACACGGACUUCUUCUAUUGUUUUUUGUUUUUUUUAGAUAUAUAGAUAAUAUUUUUUGUGAAUGUAAACUGUUUUGUGUAGUAGCCUCAGAAAAAAAAACAUUUCUUCAAUCGAACUGAUUAAUUUAUUUGUGAGACGGAGAACCGCAAAGAGUUGAUGCAGCGGUGUAAUAAUGUGUGGUUGGCUAUGGAAAUAACAUGAGGAUGAAAAUUAUGUCAGACCCCCCCUCCCCCCAAAAAAAGGCUUCUUUUUUCUUUUCUUUUUUACCAACUUGAUGGAAGGAACACUUCUGUUUUACAGCCAGUUGUAAAAAAAAAUAGGACAUUUUUGUUUGCCACCUCAUCUCUCCAAGGGGUCACACACAAUGGUGCUGAAUCCUGCAAAGGUCUGGGAAUCGCUGGGGGUUUUCAUGGUUGGCCAGGUGUUCCCGGAGGGAGCUCCGCCAUAAAGGACUCCUUCCCAGGUGAAGACGGCCUGCGGGGAUGGUCUGCAACCUGGGGAAACUCCCACGGAUCAAGAGACACUGGCGUCGCCAACCAGCCGAAGCGCCGCAAGAUCAGGCCUCGAUAUGUCUGACGCGAACUGUCUUUCCUUUUUUAAAUCCCUGUUUUUGUUUUUCCUUUCUCUCUCUCUCUUUUUCUUUCCCAUUCCAAACCAUGUGAUAUCACAGUGCUCCGUCUGUCAGUGUGUUUUUACGUGAAUGUCAGCUUGUCUUCUCAAAGCCUCCCGUGCUGUCAAAGCCAUGAGUAAUAUCAGUGGUUGCAAGAGUGGUGACACCAUGUUUAUCCCCCCCCUUGCACCCCCCACCCUCUGGUUUUGCAGCCAACGUGUUGUUUUUAGAGGGCUUGGGGGGGCGGGGGCUGCGGCUGUGGUGUCGGUUUAAGAAGAGCACCAUUCAGACUCAAUGCACAUAUUUUCUGGGCUGUUACUUUUAAUACUGCCUUAGUAAAUCCGGGGCAGUUUACUGCAUUUUAUUUAAGAUUUGUGUGUGUGUGUGUGUGUGUGUGUGUGUUUUGUGUAACGCUCUUUGCACAAUUCAGUUCUUUCUAGAGGGUUCGUUCAGCUUCAUUGACUUCAAUUAUAGCAUAAAACUAAAGCGCUUUUUGUUUCCUUUUUAGUUUUCCCCACGGACUUUAUUGCACUUAUUUUUAUUAUUUUUUUUGACAUCCUCCAUUUUUUUUGUGUGUGUGUAAAUAUCUCAAGAACUUUGAAUAAACGCUGAUGUUGUUAAAUU